UGAUGAUCAACAGUAAUGGAUAUGCUCUUGCCUUCACUUUCUCUUUCUUACCCUAAAGUAGCAGGUAAAUGGCAAAAUUGUAGAAAAUUUCUGGGUACCAAUAGGGUCGCUAGAAUGUGUGCAUUUACACCUUCGAAUUCGAAGAAGAAAACAGUAUGGAUAUGGACGGAGAACAAGCAAGUAAUGACAGCUGCCGUGGAGAGAGGCUGGAAUACUUUCAUCUUCCCUUCCAAUCGCCAAGAUCUUGCCCUUGACUGGUCUUCAAUUGCAGUGAUAUAUCCUCUCUUUGUUGAAGAGGGGAGACUAAUUGAUCAUGAGCAUAAGAGCGUUGCUGCAUUUGCUGAGAUUUCUUCCCCUCAACUUGAACAGUUUCAGAUAUCGGAGGAACAGGCAGACAAAGUAGUUGUUAAUCUACUAGAUUGGCAGGUGAUACCUGCUGAAAACAUUGUUGCGGCUUUUCAAGGCACUCAGACAACUGUACUUGCUGUCUCAAAGACCCAAUCAGAAGCUCAAGUCUUUCUUGAGGCCUUGGAACACGGUUUGGGUGGUGUAGUAAUGAAAGUUGAGGAUGUUGGCGCAAUCCUUGAGCUGAAGGGUUAUUUUGAUAGAAGACGUGAUGUGGACAGUCUGUUGAACUUGACGAAAGCCAUAAUAACUCAUAUUCAAGUGACUGGAAUGGGUGACCGUGUCUGCGUGGAUAUCUGCAGCCUCAUGAGACCUGGUGAAGGUCUUCUGGUUGGAUCCUUUGCAAGAGGGCUUUUCCUUGUUCACUCAGAAUGCUUGGAGUCAAAUUACAUCUCUAGCAGGCCUUUUCGAGUUAAUGCGGGGCCUGUCCAUGCAUAUGUUGUUGUUCCUGGAGGAAAGACUAGCUAUCUCUCGGAACUCAAGUCUGGGAAAGAGGUCAUUGUGGUUGAUCAAAGGGGUAUGCAGCGAACAGCAAUUGUUGGCCGUGUAAAGGUAGAGGCUAGACCACUGAUCCUUGUGGAGGCAAAGGUAGAAUCUGAUAAUGAAAGCUAUUCCAUUCUCUUGCAGAAUGCGGAAACGGUUGGAUUAGUCUCUCCCCUUCAUGGUGAGGGACAUCAGCGUACAACAAUUCCAGUGACCUCACUAAAAGUUGGUGAUGAGGUUUUGCUUCUACUACAGGGAGGCGCUCGACAUACUGGAAUAGAAAUUAAAGAGUUUAUUGUUGAGAAAUGAGUUAUUUUCCGCACAUUCACACAUUUUGCUGACAGAUGAGUGGCCUUAACCUCUUAAUGAUGAUACAAAUGUAUCUUU